GCCGAGUCACGCGGCCGAGUCACGCGGCAGAGACAGCCCCGCCGGCGGCGCGUGGCCCGCGGCUCAGGUUCGCGGCCUCCGGGCUGCAGGUCACGUGCUCGGCGCGCAGACAGAGCCGCGGGCGCCGGCGGCGGGCGGCGGGGUCGGCGGCGGAGUCACGGGUAAUUUUAUGCUCCCAACAUGGGACAUAAAGUGGUCGCAUUCGACAUUUCUGUCAUCAGAGGCUUGUGGGAAACUCGAGUCAAGAAGCACAGAGCUUGGCAGAAGAAGGAGGCGGAGAGACUGGAGAGAAGCGCCUUGGAAAAGAUAAAGGAGGAGUGGAACCUCGUAUCCGAGUGCCGCCGGAGAGGCGUCCCCCAGGCUGCCUACUGCCGGGACGGCUUCGUGGACACCGGCGUGCGGCUGCUGGACAAGCUCGAGAGGAACUCCCUUCUACGGCAGAGCUUGCCUUCCAAGGGCAGGGACAAAGGCAGCAGCAAGUUUGUGUUUGAGCUUUCGGGAGAGCACUGGACGGAGCUCCCAGACGCCCUGAAGGAGCAGACGCACCUGAAAGAAUGGCACAUAAACCACACCCGGAUUGAAGCCCUUCCUGCCUAUGUCAGGCUCUUCCAAGCGAUGAGAAUUCUGGAUCUGCCAAAAAACCAGAUCUCCCAUCUUCCGGCUGAAAUUGGCUGUUUGAAGAACCUGAAAGAACUCAACGUGAGUUUCAACCAUUUGAAGAGCAUUCCUCCAGAACUGGGAGAGUGUGAGAACCUCGAGAAACUGGAUUGUUCUGGAAAUCUAGAAUUGACCGAGCUCCCCUUUGAAUUAAGUAAUUUGAAGCAAGUUACAUUUGUAGAUCUCUCAGCAAACAAGUUUUCCAGUGUCCCCAUCUGUGUCCUGAGGAUGUCCAGUUUGCAGUGGUUGGAUAUCAGCAACAAUAGCCUGAGUGACCUGCCACAAGACAUAGACAGGCUAGAGGAGCUGCAGACGUUUCUCCUGUAUAAGAACAAGCUGACCUACCUUCCCUAUGCCCUGCUUAACCUGAAGAAGCUCACUUUGUUAGUCGUCAGUGGGGACCAUCUGGUGGAGAUCCCGACGGCCCUCUGUGACUCCUCCACACCUUUAAAAUUUGUAAACCUUAUGGACAAUCCCAUUGAUAAUAUUCAGUGUCAAGAUGGCGAAGAAAUGAGGGAAAGUGAACAAGAUCGUCAACACUUUGAUAAAGAAUUUAUGAGAGCCUAUAUUGAAGAUCUUAAAGAAAGAGAAUCUGUCCCCAGCUAUACCACCAAAGUGUCUUUUAGCCUUCAGCUCUGAUGCCAUCCAUCAGAAGACCGCAGAAUCUCCCUGUCUGUGCAGCUGCGAAUCUUCGUGCUGUGGGCCAUGUCAUGUAGGAGUAAUGGCUUAUGCUUAAGCAGCAAGCCUAAAAGCCAGGUUGUAACUUCAGGAAAAUGACUUUCAAAUUCCAAGUGAAAACUUCUCUGUGGACUGGUGAAUUGAUCAGUGGGUUUAUAGAUUGAAAGUUAAAGGCUCAUUUGCAUACACUUGUUUCCAAAUAAUGCACAUUUAAUAGUUUAGAAAUGCAUUAUUUUUAAAAAUUGUAACUUAGACCAAAUUCUGAAGUUGUGUUGUUUUUAGGCAUCAAGCGAUAGAGGGGCAGAAAUGAAAGAGCAUUUCUAUUGGAUGAAUUCAGAUGAGAGUUUAUUUUAUUUUGUGAUUUUGAAGGAGUUGUAAUGCAUUGUUUCUUUUACUGAGAAUAAUUGUCCUUGGGUUUAUACAAAUUGCUAUUACCGUAUGCUUUAAAUUGCAAGUGUGGGUGUGGGGAAGCACGGGACUUGGUUGGAAAAUUUGUAAGGAGGAAACUCCGAAAGGCCAGAACCUCCAGGGGGAGUUGGCUGAAGGCAUCUGCCCCGCCUUGACUUUUCCAAACAAGUCUGAGCCCCCGGGUGUUUAUUGGAAUCUUUACGCUUAGUCUGUAGAUGUCCUUACCUAAAGGACACAGUGUCUUCUCAAGGAUGCUUACCCUUCUGAUAGUAUCUAACAGUUAAUUUUAGUUCAAGCUGUUGUUAAAAUAAAAGCCUGAGGAGGUAGGCAAACAGGGAUGUGUGGUUUCUCUAGCCAAGCAGUCCCUUAGCCCUCCCUUUCACAGCAAUUGUAUGUCAGAGUAAUCAUUCAUCUGUCGGUGAUCAGGGUCUGCUGGUCAGCCCCAGCAAGUGGUGCCCCAUGUGAGGAGGAACACACGAGACACAGCGGAAACCUCAAAAACAAAAGUAACUGCACAGUAAGUCACGAGCCUGCUGGAGAUUUCCAUGUUCGAGGGAACUGUUUCUCAGCUAAAGUUUCACAAUGGGACAGCAGCUGCCCGCCGAACAACAGCAAUAUGUAAGAGUCAAGUGGGGCCUCAGUUAUCUCUGGGAACAAGUGGGCAGGAAUUUAAAAAGAAGUCAGGCCCAGGGAAAACGAGUGCCCUUGACAUCAUUAACUAUGUGGGUUCUUGUUCAAGCUGCACUAUGCCCACUUCCUAUCGAGGAUCAAAAGCCUACAGAACACCAGGAGGAACUACCACCACCCCCUCCUCCUGAAGUAGAGCCUGUAGUACCUAAAGCCCCACUACUGGAGGACACGUUUCCUGUUCUCUGCCACUGGUGUGGGAGAGUUCAUCAACUAGACCCUCAGUUGUGGGAUCCUGUGUCAGGCAAGCUAUGUUAGAAGGAGAGCUUUGGCUUGCCCAGUUAUGCAAGACCAACAAGGUAAUGAGCCACUCUGGUAAAAAAAAAAAAAAAAAAAAAA